AUGCCACCACAGACCUUCUUCCUGGUCUCACUGCCAACCUCAAUAUCACAAUCAGGCAACACAGACGAAGCUCUCACAGCUCUCCGAUCCGCAGUCCAGACAGAUAACGGCACAACAUUCCCCUUUGCGAUACCCAACUUCAAGGUCGGCACACUGGAUGCUUUAGUACAGCAGGCAGAUGAUUUGACGAAGCUUGAAGGAGGAUGCAAAGGUGUUGUAGACAAGGUUCAGGAUUCGUUGCGAGGACUAUUAGAAGGAGAUGAGCAAAAGCUGCAGGAGCAGAAGGUCGUGAACGAUAGACCCGUGGAAAACUACCUUCAAUCCUUCUCAUGGAACAAAGUCAAGUACCGUGCCGACAAGCCCAUAGCUGAACUGGUAGACAUGCUGCAGAAAGAAGCCUCAGCAGUCGACAACGAUGUCCGAGCAAAGUUCAACCAAUACAAUCAAGUGAAGACCUCGCUAGCCCAACUUCAACGAAGCACGACCGGAAACCUGUCACAGAAGUCGCUCACCGCCAUCGUCAACCCCGAUAACAUACUCAAACCUGAGGACUCCGAGUACCUACAACAACACCUCGUAGCUGUGCCCAACACAAUCGUCAAGGACUUCUUGAAAAGCUACGAGUCAAUAUCACCAAUGGUCGUACCACGAUCUGCUCAACUACUGGCCAAGGAUGACGAGUUCCAGCUUUGGGCUGUGACGGUGUUCAAGAAGCAUAGUGGAGAGUUUGUGCACAAGUGCAGAGAACAUCGGUGGACACCUCGCGAUCUGAAGUUCAAUGAGGGUGGUAGAGAAGGUGAGGAGGCAGAGCUGAGGCGGCUUGAGAAGCAGGAGAGGAAGGUGUGGGGUGAGGCUCUGCGAUUGGGGAGGACGGGCUAUAGCGAUGCUGUGAUGGCCUGGAUACAUGUCCUGACUUUGCGAGUGUUUGUGGAGACGGUGCUGAGAUAUGGUUUGCCGCUGGAUUAUGUCUCUGGUCUGAUCAAGACCGAUCCCAAACGAAGCAAAAAGGCCAAGGCGGGAUUAGACGCCCGCUUCUCAGAACUCGGCGGCAAUGCCAUGAGUCGAGACAAGAAGGGGAGAGCGAAACAGGACGACUCGUCAAUGCAGCAGGAGAUGGCCGGGUUUGGCGGCGGGGAGGGAUACGAGGCGUAUGUGUUCUAUCAGUUUGAGAUCAUAUAA